AUGUCCAAGGAAAACAAUUUGCCGUCUGAGCGUGGUGUACACGCCGAUGCAGAUGACACAGCAUCAGAUAGCAGCGGGCUCAGCGGGCUCAGAGCGGGAGACAUCCCGCGGACAAACUUCGCGCCAAGCCAAAAGCAGCAAGACGGUCAGCUCAUCAACCUGAACACGCUGAUUAGCCGCACCCAUUGCCAUGCUACAGACUGCUUCUCGGAGCAUCUGGGUUUUGGGAGGGGGUCCUCCCAUGAGGAACCACCUGGAGGAGGUCUUCAAUUGAGGAACCGCCUAUACAGCAGCGAAUCCAGCGAUGGCGUAACAUACAAGGAUCCAAGUAACCUCUCGAAGUCGUUCACCACCCACUUUGAACCGGCCUUUGUCCGCGGACUUGACAGGAAAGGCCGACCGAGCUUGGACGCUUGUAACAUCGUGAACCGUCAGCGAGAUGAGAUGAUUGCGCCAUUCCUGUCCCGAAUGAAGGAGAUGGAAGAUCGGAUUACAUCCCGAGUAAUCGACCAUAUCGAGAGCACACUAGACAAACAGCUUCGCCAACUUCGGGAUGACCUUGACGGUGAGCUGGAGGAUAACCUUGACGACCGCGUGGAUGUUGUAAGAGAGGAGAUGAAAGAACCGUUUUCUUGGAAUUGUGAUCCAUGGCACCCUUUAGAUAGAGCAUAUUUCGUGUCGAUGCAAGAGCAACGAGAGGGUCCUCGAGGUUGGCUGUGGGUUGGGUCUAUGGAGCAUCUCUGGCAGUUUCCUUCGCAAGGUUUCAACUUCGUCCGAGUCUCUAACAUGAAUAGCCGUGUAAAAUCAUGGGGAAACUUCUCGAGGCACGCCUGGCGGGCGUUGAAGUCGGGUGGUAACAUUGAACUCACAUGCAUGCAAACCAAGUGA